UCGGAGCGUGUGACGCCGCAGGCCGCGGCGGAGCCGGGGAUUAAUGGGAAAAGUUUUGGCAGGAGCUGGGGGAUUCUGCGGAGCCUGCGGGACGGCUGUGGAGGCGUCGCGGGAGGCGGCCGGGACAGCUCUGUGCAGUGGCUCGGGUAUGCGCGUGGCACUCAUUCAGUGGCUCCUGCUCACCGACAGAUGAAGACGAACACGCGGUAAAGGCGGUCCAUCUGCGCUCAGACCCAGAUGGUGCCAGAGCUAUGACCAGGCCUGCAGGCGCCACGCCGAGUGGGGGACAGUCAUGGAGCAGCCACAGGAGGAGGCCCCUGAGGCCCGGGAAGAGGAGAAAGAGGAAGUGGUCACGACCGAAGGAGCCCCAGAGCCCAACGGGGGACCAGAGCACACGCUUCCUUCCAGCAGCUGCACAGACCUCUCUCAGAAUUCCUCUCCUUCCUCCCUGCUGGACCAGCUGCAGAUAGGCUGUGAUGGGGCCUCAGGUGGCAGCCUCAACAUGGAGUGCCGUGUGUGCGGGGACAAGGCCUCAGGCUUCCACUACGGAGUCCAUGCGUGUGAGGGGUGUAAGGGUUUCUUCCGCCGGACGAUCCGCAUGAAGCUUGAGUACGAGAAGUGUGACCGGAGCUGCAAGGUCCAGAAGAAGAGCCGUAACAAGUGCCAGUACUGCCGCUUCCAGAAGUGCCUGGCGCUCGGCAUGUCCCACAACGCCAUCCGCUUCGGACGGAUGCCGGAGGCCGAGAAGAGGAAGCUGGUGGCGGGCCUGACGGCCAGUGAGGGGUGCCAGCACAACCCGCAGCUGGCCGACCUGAAGGCCUUCUCCAAGCACAUCUACAACGCCUACCUGAAAAACUUCAACAUGACCAAAAAGAAGGCCCGUAGUAUCCUCACCGGCAAGGCCAGCCACAACGCACCCUUUGUCAUCCACGACAUCGAGACGCUGUGGCAGGCUGAGAAGGGCCUGGUGUGGAAGCAGCUGGUGAACGGGCUGCCGCCCUACAAGGAGAUCAGCGUGCAUGUGUUCUACCGCUGCCAGUGUACCACAGUGGAGACGGUACGGGAGCUCACGGAGUUCGCCAAGAGCAUCCCCAACUUCAGCAGCCUCUUCCUCAACGACCAGGUGACCCUGCUCAAGUACGGCGUGCACGAGGCCAUCUUUGCCAUGCUGGCCUCCAUCGUCAACAAAGACGGGCUGCUGGUGGCCAAUGGCAGUGGCUUCGUCACCCACGAGUUCUUGCGCAGCCUCCGCAAGCCCUUCAGUGACAUCAUCGAGCCCAAGUUUGAGUUUGCUGUCAAGUUCAAUGCCCUGGAGCUCGAUGACAGUGACCUGGCGCUUUUCAUCGCAGCCAUCAUUCUGUGUGGAGACCGUCCAGGCCUCAUGAACGUGCCGCAGGUGGAGGCCAUCCAGGACACCAUACUGCGGGCUCUGGAGGUCCACCUGCAAGUCAACCACCCCGACAGCCCGUACCUCUUCCCCAAGCUGCUGCAGAAGAUGGCCGACCUGCGGCAGCUGGUCACUGAGCAUGCCCAGAUGAUGCAGUGGCUGAAGAAGACGGAGAGCGAGACCUUGCUGCACCCCCUGCUCCAGGAAAUCUACAAGGACAUGUACUGAGGCCGCAGUCCAGGCCUCCCUGCAGGCUCCAGCUGGGCCCAGCCUCGGGUGGGACUGACUGUCCUGAGGACCAGCCCACGAGCACUGGGCACAGCCAAGCAGCUGGAGCCCAUUCACAACACUCUAGACACGUGGCCCAGACUCCCACCUCCCCGCCUUCUGCCCACUUCCCCCAGCACUUCCUGUUCCCACCGUUUCCCUGCUCUUCUCCCAGCCUGUCCCCAUGUCUGUCUGCUUCGUGUCAGUGAGGCAGUUGGUAUGCUCACCACCAGCCCAGAGUAGCGCCUCUGCCUUUGCCUGUCUUCCCGGGAGCAGUGGGGCCACCCUGGCCUGGUCCUGCCUCACCUCACUGUCUCCCUCUUCAAAGACUUGAGCCAUCCAAAGAAACACUAAGCUAUGGGCCCAGCUUUCCAAGAAGCUUGGCCUGGACUGACUGCUGUCCCAGCCCAUGGUCACCAUCACGGGGUUCCUCGGGCUGAAGAGAGUGGGCUGAGAGCCAGAUUUCUCUCCCAAGCUGUUUCCUCAACCCAAGGCGCCCCACCCCAACUCUGACACCCUCCAUUCUUCUUGCCCUUGUGCUGCCCUGGGGGUACCCCUCCAUGCCCCCUUGGAAGAGGAGGGUAGAAAUUCGCCAGAAGGAACAGCACACUAAGUUCUGAUGCCAGGACUCGGGUUUGGGUUCCAGGGUUAGAGAGCAGACAGCACGUGGGGCGGGCUCUCCAUCGGUACCCCACUGGCCCUACCCUGUAGCAGCAUUCCGACCGGCAGAACCCAGUGUGAGGAACUGGACAGUAACUGCUCCUUCCUCUACCCAGGAGGCACUGGUACACCUGGCCCCUGGGGUGCCUCGGUGUAACCAUGGCACUGGCUCACCUCUUGGUCACCACAGGGCUGGGGGACAGCUGUUCCUAGGGCUAGCAAUCCGUGAGUAGGCAGGGGUGUCCUGCCAGGUCACCCCGUCAGCUCACAGAGUUGCCAGGGCUUCUCUGACUGGUCCCUGGUCCCUUUCUCCUUCACACAUCUUGGCAGCCCCAUGGCUGGUCACCAGCGCCCAGCUGCACCCAGCAUGAAGCUUGCUGGAUGCUCGAAUCCUCUGCCCAGCCCCCUCCUGGCUCUCCUGAGACCAAGAGCAGAGCCCAGGCUCACCCCCCUACAGGCCCACAGGGAGCUACCAUCAGGCUCUCAGAGAAAAGUACUGGAACCCUGGGCUUUAAGCCCUGAUGUCCUGGAUCCCGUCUGGGUUUUGUCCCCAGGGCCUUAAACUGUUAGACCACAGCUCUGGAGGGAAGUGGCUUGGAGCGGGGACAGCCCUGUGAGCACUCAUGCAAAGGCGGUGACUUCUGUUGCCACAUUAUCCCUGCUAGCACGCUCCCUGCCCCCACCUCCACUGAUCAGGUCUUGGGGUGUUCCCUGCGGGGCCCAGGCUGUGAACGGAGCUGCAUUCCCUGACCCACCCUGUCCCUGUGACCCCGCCCAGGUCUGGUGCUGAGGGUGCAGCUCCUCUCAGGGUCUGAAGUCUCCAAAACUGAAAUGUAUAUUUUUGCUAGGAGCCCAGCUUCCUGUGUUUUUAAUAUAAAUAGUGUAUACAGACUGACAGAACUUUAAAUAAAUGAGAAUUAAGUAUUUAA